AGUGCGGCAGAUUGAUCAGGGAAGGUUAGUGAGCGGCAGGCAGCUGAGGAUAAUCGCACCGAAGACUGCAACAAUGGUUGACAAGUUUGUAGGAACAUGGAAGAUGAUUUCCAGCGAGAACUUUGACGACUACAUGAAGGCGCUGGGUGUGGGUUUCGCCACCCGGCAGGUGGGGAACCGAACCAAACCCAACUUCGUUAUGAGCCUGGACGAUCAGGGCAGCAUCAGCAUGAAGUCUCAGAGCGCCUUCAAAACCACCGAGGUCAAGUUCAAGCUGGACGAGCCUUUCGACGAGACGACCGCUGAUGACCGGAAGACCCGGACUGUGGUCAGCCUGGACAACGGCAAGCUUAUUCAGAAACAGAGCUGGGACGGCAAAGAAACGAGUAUUGAGAGGGAGAUCGCUGAUGGAAAACUGGUGGCGAAAUGCGUAAUGGGAGACGUGGUGGCUGUGAGGACGUACGUGAAGGAGUGACGUUGCUUGUAGAUGACCGGCUCAGUUCAAUGAGCAUGCUCCCAAACUCAGAAUGGCGUGUUCUGCUAUCCUCGCUCUGUUGCCAAAGUAUGCUUAUUGUGCCUUUGUUGCCCCAACUUAACACCUCCCAUUUGGGUUUUGUUUGGAAAUGUGACUUGUGAAUAAAAAAAAACUAGCUUUUUGUCAAA